AUGCAAUUCUCCUUUCCACCCAUAUCUCCCUUCCCGGAGCUGAUCGAGCUGGAACAUCGAAACCCCGAGAAGCUGGUCCUCUGGGACCACUCCCUGGGAAUCACGGCCACCGCUGGGCAGCUGUUGUAUAGCAUCGCGCGGUUCCGCGAAAGAGUGCAGGCUGCGAUCCUACAGAAUGACAUGUACCAGGGGAGGGCGGAGAGGGACGACCGAUUCAUCUUCCUGAUGGCACCACCUGGGUGGGAGUACGUCGUAUCCAUGCUCACCACCUUCUCCCUCGGGGCAGGAAUCUCUGCUCAGUCGGUCGUUAUCAGACCGGAGGACAUGAAGCAGUUGAUGAAACUCGCAGAUCCACUCGCCCUCCUCUACGCACCCGCUCUGUCGGGAAAGAUUGAGGCCAUCAAGAGUGUGUGUGCUGAGGACUACAGCGGACUCAAUCCCAGACUUCCCUACGUGGAGAUCCAGACGGAUUAUCCCGGCGGCUUGGGGUCUAACACCUAUAAAACAGAGCCCACGACCGAGUCCACCGGUUCGCAGACCUGUUCGCUGUUCUUCACCUCGGGCACGACCGGGAAGCAGAAAGGCGUCGUGCACGCCUACAAGGCCCUUCUUGCAUCCGCACGGGAGCGCAUUGAAACGUGGACCAUGAGCGAGAACGACGUGAUCCUCAUCACCAAGCCGGGCAACUGGAUGGGCGGCAUCUUUGGGAUUCUCCCGAGUCUGAUCUCUGGAGCCUGCCUAGAAACCUGCGCCGGCAAUUUCAACCCCCAAUGGUUCUGGGAGCGCAUCCGUCAAGGGGGCGUCAGCAUUUUUGAUAUCGCGCCUACCGGUUACGACAGGCUUGAGCGGUACUUUGACGAGAAGAUAGCCGUCCUCCCUCCGGCGGAACAGGAGCCAUAUGUCCAAGGCAUGGCCGCAGCGCGCGUCGCAGGCGUCACGGGAUCCCUACUGACAACACACACGCAGAAGAAGUGGACGGAGUUCAGGAAUGGGAAGCCACUGUUGAACCUGUACGGAUCGACGGAGGUGACGCUGAUAUGCAACAUGCGCUGGGACGAUCCCAACUAUCCGGAUAUGUGCUCAGUUGGCCCAUCGGUGCCCGGGGUCGAGGUCAAGCUCGUCGAUGGAGAGAUGAGGCUCAAAGCCCCCACGAUGUUCUCCCGUUACAUCUCUGACGACCCGACGCAUUACGAGCGCGCGUUCGACGAGGAAGGCUUCUUCAAGACCGGCGACUGCGUCGAGAAGGUCGGGAACUGCUACGUCCUCCACGGCCGAGCCAACAUCGAUGUGCUGCAUUUCUGGGGCUUCACAUUACACACGGGCGAGAUCGAGAAUGCCCUGCUCUCCCUCCCCUACAUCGCCAACGCCAUCGUCUUCCCCAUCCACGACCCGGAGUACCAAGAGCGGGCAGCAGCCGUGCUCCAGCUCAAGCCGGCCUUUCCGCGGCCGCCGCCGGGACUGGAGACGCUGCGCCGGGACCUGGCGGAGGAGACGGGCCUGUUUCAGUUCAAGCAGCCCACGGCCGUGUACUGGCUGCAAGACGGCGAGGCGAUCCCGCACACGGCCAACGGGAAGGUCUCAAAGGUGGAGGCGCGUGAGAGGUUCUACGGCGGCGCCGGCGCCGACUGGCGAUGGAAGCGAGGGGUCGAGGUCCUGGAUCUGAAUGCCUUGGAGUACUGGCGUAUGGGUGGACAGUGCUGA